AGAUGGUCCCUAAUGAUGUCCAUGAGUACAAUGGAUUGGUCAAGUUACUUUUGCAUUUCAAGUGGACAUGGAUUGGUCUCUUUACUAUGAAAUACAUUACAGGAGAAAUUUUAUUGGAAGCAUUAGUUCCCCAGCUUACCCUGAAUUACAUCUGUGUUGAUUUUAUACAUAGGAUAUGGCCAUUGGCUUAUGCUGAAGGAAUGAUGGAUUUGCUCCUUAGUGAAUUUAAGAAAAUUUCAAUUGUCAUGACAAGCAAAGCCAAUGUUUUUGUGGUCUAUGGUAGUUCCAUUUUGAUGGACAUUUUGAUCGGGUAUCUUCAUAUGGCACAACUUUCUAUAGGUAAAGUAUGGCUUGUGACAACUCAUUGGGAUUUCAAAACCACCAAUGAAAGGAGGUGGAAUAUGCACCAUUUACAAGGUGCCUUAUCUGUAUCUAUACACUCAAAUGAACCCCUGGGAUUCAGGACAUUUCUUCAGAAUCUAAAUCCUUUUGAGGAAAAGCAAAAUGCUUUGAUCAAGGAUUUCUGGGAAAAAACCUUCAAUUGCUCAUUGAAAAAUAAUAAUGUGGGUGAAGAGCCUAAGAAACGUUGCACUGAGGAGGAGAAAUUGGAGAGUCUUCCAUUACAAAUCUUUGAAAUGAGCAUGACUGGCAGCAGCUAUGCUGUGUACAAUGUUCCUCAUGCAGUGGCACAUGCUCUACAUGCUAUUUAUCAAUCUAGAUUCAAACCCAAAUCACAGGUGGCUAGAGUGGAUUUGCAGAAUCUGCAGCCAUGGGAGGUAAUUUUACCCACAGCACAGUAUUUUCUGCUCUUGGGUGGCCUAGAAUACCAUAUUAUUCCACAGCUGUGUAAAAAAAUUUAUUAAAAUCUCAUGUACAUAAACAGAUCUUACAUUCAAGGCUUUUUCUUUCCUAUCAAAUAGCUUGGUGAGAAUGGCUGGCUUCCCUGUUUGCUGUGUUAUACAUAGCACUUUCACUAAUAAAUCAUCCACUUUUAUGUCAUACCUCCUAAAUGAGCAAAUUUUGGUCAGGGCUGCUGAUCACAUCUUCACUGCUGGCUAAUAUACCAGGAACACUUUUUUAAAGAAAGAAACAGGAGGAAUUUUUUACCUUUUCAUGUUUUAUUAGAAAGCAUCCUCAUCAUGUUGAGUUUUUGCCUGCACUUGAAAAUUAUUCAUUUGUCUCUUCCCAAGCUCCUUUGGCUUGGUGGAAAUGUGUCUUGCUGCCACACCAUCUUUCAUUGAUACAUUUGGAUACUUUUGAACCUAUUGUUGUUUUGUGUGAUGGAUCCUAAGAGGGAUAUACAGGUUUUUGCCCCUUCUACUGAAUCAGGUGGAGGCUGAGCCACCUCCAAGUAUGCAGAAGUGAUGACUUCUAAUGAGUUAGCUGCCAGAGGCCAAGCUGCCUACCUGAAAAAUAACUAAUACUCAGGUGUGACAGGCUGUUCCUCAAAGACCAAACUUCUUAUGCUAUGCUGAUGACCUGCAGUGGGUGCAGUCACUGUUUUUAAACAAAACUACCAAUAUUAUGUAGUAUUUUACAUAUUAACUUUAGAAUGAUUUUUUAAAGGUGAAACUAAAUUAAGGGUUUCUUAUUUCAUAAAAUGUCUGGACUGGCUACACACACACAACUAGUGCACACCUCUCUGAAAAUUAUGGUUGUAUUCACCACUCUGAGGAUUCAAACAUUUUACCCCUUUCUAUAUUUUUUAAAUGUAGCUCCAUCCCUUUCUAAGAAAUCUCACAUUCAACAACAGUGCUGGAGAGACAAUACAGCUUAACGAACAUGGAGAGAUAAUGGCAGGAUUUGAUGUGACCAACUGGGUAAUGUUUCCAAAUCAAUCUUUUGGUAGAGUCAAAAUUGGAAGGCUGGAUCUUCACGCUCCUCCAGGCAAGGAGUUAACCAUUCAGGAUGAACGCAUUGUGUGGCAUAGAACAUUUAACCAGAUUCUUCCCACUUCUCUGUGUAAUGACAAGUGCCGUCCUGGAUACAGUAGGAAAAAGAAGGAAGGGGAACCUUUUUGCUGUUAUGAAUGUGUUCCUUGUCCAGAAGGGAAGAUUUCUAACCAGACAGAUAUGGAUGCCUGCACCGAAUGUCCAGAAGAUCAAUACUCAAACUUCCACCAGAACCAAUGCAUUCCCAAAGUCAUAACCUACCUUUCAUACGAGGAACCUUUAGGAAUGACUUUAGCUUUGUCUGCUCUUGCUCUUGCUCUGAUCACAGCUUUGGUGAUAAUAAUAUUUGUGAAGCACCAGAACACACCCAUCGUCAAAGCCAACAACCGAAGUGUCACCUACAUUCUUCUCGUAUCCCUCCUACUGUGUUUCCUCUGCUGCUUGCUUUUUAUUGGAAAACCUGGACAGCUAAUUUGCUUACUUAGACAAACAACUUUUGGCAUCAUAUUUUCUAUUGCUCUUUCCUGCUUGUUAGCUAAAACCAUCACUGUAGUCCUGGCAUUUAUGGCUACUAGACCAGGAUCUAGAAUGAGAAAAUGGAUGGGGAAAAAGCUGACAAACUCUAUCAUGUUUUCAGGCUCCUUUAUUCAAGCAGGAAUUUGCACCCUUUGGUUGAGUAUUUCUCCCCCAUACGCAGAUACAGACAUGUACUCCGUGAAUGGGGAAAUCAUAGCAGAGUGUAAUGAAGGCUCAACUGUCAUGUUUUAUAGUGUCUUGGGCUAUAUGUGCUUCCUGGCCAUUGUCAGCUUCACGGUGGCAUACCUUGCUAGGAGGUUGCCAGACACUUUCAAUGAAGCCAAAUUUAUCACUUUCAGCAUGAUGGUGUUCUGCAGUGUUUGGUUGUCCUUUGUUCCAGCCUACCUGAGCACCAAAGGAAAAUACAUGGUGGCUGUGGAGAUCUUCUCUAUCUUAUCCUCCAGUGCUGGGUUACUGCUUUGCAUCUUUUCCCCUAAAUGCUAUAUUCUUUUGUUCAGGGCUGACUUGAAUAACAGGGAGCAACUAAAAUCAGGAAAAGACUAAGUAAUAUGAGAAUUAAAAACAGAUGGAACUUCCCUCCCCUCCCUUUCAAGUAUCCAAUCUGAAUGGUAGAAUGAAUAGUAUAAUGACCGACACAUACAGUACUUCACAGAGGUUAAAUACACCGAGAAACAUCCUUUCUAAAG